CUGCCAUUGGCUCUGGCACCGUCUGUGAUCCUCGCUGUUUGCUGACUCGGCAUGAAAACAUUUCCAAUCCCCGGGACGUUUCAUCAUCUUCUCAGGUAAGAAUGGUGGACGGCGUGUACAGAACUCGCUCUCUAGGAGUGGCUGCCGAGGGUUUGCCCGAUCAGUACGCGGACGGGCGAGCGGCUCGCGUUUGGCAUUACUACAUCGGAGACAAGAGAAGCCGAACCGACGAAUACCGAACCUGGAUCAUCGCCCUGCUGCAGAAACACGACUGCAAGACGGUGCUGGAUGUCGCAUGUGGCACGGGUGUGGAUUCGGAGAUGUUGGUGGAAGAAGGUUUCUCGGUGGUCAGCGUUGACGCCAGCGAUAAGAUGCUGAAAUACGCCCUGAAGACGCGCUGGAACCGGAGGAAAGAGCCGGCAUUCGAUCGAUGGGUGAUUGAGGAGGGAAAUUGGCUGACUCUGGACCGGGACGUCACUCCUCCGGGGCGGGGAUUUGAUGCUGUUAUUUGUCUGGGGAAUUCAUUCGCUCAUCUUCCCGACUUUAAAGGAGAUCAGAGCGACCAGCGUCUGGCUCUUCACAACAUUGCAAGCAUGGUCCGCCCGGGAGGAAUAUUUAUUAUUGAUCAUAGAAAUUAUGACUACAUCCUGAACACUGGCUGUGCUCCUCAGGGGAAGAACAUUUACUACAAGAGUGACUUGACCCAGGACAUCUCUACCUCCGUCUUAUUGGUGAAUAACAAAGCGCACAUGGUGACCCUGGACUACACUGUCCACAUUCCGGCUACAGAGGAGUCCCAGGCAGACGUCAGCAAUUUCCGCUUGUCCUAUUACCCUCACCGCCUGGAGUCCUUCACCGGCCUUCUACGCGAGGCGUUCGGGGGUCGGUGUGAGCACAUGGUGUACGGAGACUUCCUGCCCUUCACCCCGGGACAAGAGACCGACCCAUGUUACUUCAUCCAUGUGACCAAGAGGACGGCGUGAGGUCACCAGUGAGGUCACCAGUGAGGUCAUCAGUGAGGUCACCAGUGAGGUCAUCAGUGAGGUCAUCAGUGAGGUCACCAGUGAGGUCACCAGUGAGGUCAUCAGUGAGGUCACCAGUGAGGUCAUCAGAACAUUGAUGUCUUCUCACCAUUCCGAUUGAAAACAUGAAAUCAGCUUUAAGCCCUUCAACUUCCAAUAAUGAAAUGUAUGCGGUCCAAUGGACAUCCUACUGCAAAGAGCAAAAUAAAUUGUCUUCUAUAUUGUUUA